GCCGAAAGGAAGGGUAGUAUAGUCAUUUAAGAGAAAAAGCCACGGACCACGGCGAACAAAAGCAAACAAAGGGCAGAAUCGUAAUUUUCUCAAAACCCCACCACCAACACCACGACUUUUUGUAUGUAUGGUUGUGCUGUGAUUCUCUGUGUUCCUUCUUCCUUCCUUCUUCUUCUUCUUCUUCUCUAAUUCUGGUUUCAAAAAUCUUCUUUUUCUUUUCUUUAGUUGGAUAAUUUAGUGAUUAUAAUUAUUACAAUCAGCUUUUGCGCCGCAGAGUAAACAAAAAAAAAGCUCGUUGGCUUUGUUCCUUUGAAUCUGUUGAUUGUUUUAUCGAGUGAGAAAUGGGUAAUUGCUUAGAUUCAUCAGCUAAAGUGGAUAGUAGCAGCCACAGUCCUCAUGCUAAUUCUGCUUCAUUGAGCUCAAGAGUUUCUAGCAAGACAAGUCGUUCCACAGUUCCUUCAAGCUUAAGCAUAAAUUCUUACAGCAGUGUUGAGUCUUUACCUACACCAAGAACAGAAGGAGAGAUUUUGUCAUCACCAAAUCUUAAAGCUUUCACCUUUAACGAGCUCAAGAACGCUACGAGGAACUUUCGACCCGAUAGUCUUUUAGGUGAAGGAGGUUUUGGCUAUGUGUUUAAAGGGUGGAUUGAUGGAACUACUUUAACUGCUUCAAAACCGGGUUCUGGAAUUGUUGUUGCGGUUAAGAAGCUUAAAACUGAAGGUUAUCAAGGUCAUAAAGAGUGGUUGACUGAAGUGAACUAUCUUGGUCAGCUUAGUCACCCAAAUCUCGUCAAACUUGUUGGGUAUUGUGUAGAGGGAGAAAACCGGUUACUGGUAUACGAGUUCAUGCCAAAAGGAAGCUUGGAGAAUCAUCUUUUUAGACGUGGCGCUCAGCCACUUACGUGGGCUAUAAGGAUGAAAGUUGCAAUAGGGGCUGCCAAAGGACUUACUUUUCUCCAUGAUGCGAAAUCGCAAGUGAUAUACAGAGACUUUAAAGCUGCUAACAUUCUACUUGAUGCGGAAUUCAACAGUAAACUUUCAGACUUCGGUCUAGCUAAAGCAGGUCCUACCGGUGACAAGACUCAUGUGUCCACACAAGUCAUGGGUACUCACGGAUAUGCUGCCCCGGAAUAUGUAGCAACAGGUCGAUUAACUGCUAAGAGCGAUGUAUACAGUUUCGGUGUGGUACUACUGGAAUUACUCUCAGGACGAAGAGCGGUGGACAAAUCAAAAGUGGGAAUGGAACAGAGUCUAGUGGACUGGGCAACACCGUAUCUCGGCGACAAGCGGAAGCUCUUUAGAAUAAUGGACACGAGAUUAGGCGGUCAGUAUCCUCAAAAAGGAGCAUACACAGCAGCUAGUCUUGCAUUGCAAUGCUUAAACCCUGACGCAAAACUGAGACCGAAAAUGUCGGAAGUUUUGGCCAAAUUAGAUCAGCUUGAAUCAACGAAACCUGGAACUGGAGUUGGAAACAGACAAGCACAGAUUGAUUCCCCAAGAGGUAGUAAUGGAUCUAUUGUACAGAAAUCUCCAAGGAGGUAUAGUUAUGAUCGGCCUCUCUUACACAUAACUCCUGGUGCUUCUCCUUUGCCUACUCACAAUCACUCUCCUCGUGUAAGAUAGGAAUCACUGUAAUAGUUAUCUUUUGUCUUUGUCUGUUGUAUGCUGUUUGUAAAAUGUGUUGUGUAAUGGACCAAAGUUUCAUUCUUGGCUCAAUUUAUAAAAUUUGGUUUCAGUAUGGUUUGUUUGGUACUGAAAGAUAUGUACCGAUCCACGUAAAGACAGAGACACGAACAUAGGGUUAAACCCAAAGUUUUUUAUUAAUCAUUAAU